UAAAACUAAUAAUUAUGUUUAUCAGGGCCUGUAUAUAAAAGGAUUUUUAAAAUAAAUAAAAUAUUCAUUCCAAAUAUCCAUGUGUUUCUGGAUACAAAAUAAUACGAUAAAUGUAUUUCUUUUAUUUUAAAAGUUUACGCAUACUUUUUCUAUUUCGUUUGUCGACGUUUCUAAACUUCUUCCAUUGGCCGUUUUUGUGACGUUUCGAAAACAAUGCGCCGUUUCCGCUCUUUGAAAAUUUGUUUCGUUUGACUUGCUUUGAUUUGAUUGUACCAUUAAAAUGAUUGAAUUAAGUAUCCUAUUAUUUACAAAAGCGCACUUAGGUAAUAUGUGACCAAUAAAACAAAAACCAGUGCUGACAAACUAAGUUGUGAUGAAAUUGUAAUAAUUAGGAAGCUUUGAUUUUGUGCAAAAUGUCCCCGCCGGACUUUACAUUGAUAGAAAAGCUAAGAAAAGAAAAUAUUGACCAAUUCUUCACAUUAGUGCGCAUGCAUUUAUCCUUUGUAGUGGAUAUUAAUACAGACGAUGUUGAUUGCUCAACUGACAAACCAAAGCAACAGUUCAGAUGGAACUUCAAGAAAUCAAAGAGCUGCACAGCUAAUUCUAGUCAAACCAACACUAAUACUAAGAACAAUACAGAAAUUAAUUCUAUUACAGAGGAUGGAAUAGCUAGAGUUUAUGAGUUGAUAGACUUCUUGUCCAAAGAAGACAAUGUGAAGCAAGAGGGCAUAUUCCGUCGCACAGGCUCGCUCAGCCGGCAACAGGAGCUGCGUCAGCUGCUGCUCACGGGCUCCGGGCUCGCACUGGACGAGGGCCGGUUCACGGUGCAUGACUGUGCCUCGGUGCUCAAGGGGUUCAUAGCGGAACUGCCUCAGCCGUUGCUGAUGGAUCAGUAUUACCAGACGUACUGUACUUUAGCAGCUCAAUACCCAGCAACAGCUGAGGCAUCAGAGUCCAAACUGUUGCUAGCUCUGCAACUUCUACUGCUCCUCUUGACACCGGUCCACCGGAGCUUCCUGGAGCGCCUGCUCAAACUGCUGCGGGUGGCCGCUGACAACGAGGCAUCCAAUAGGAUGAGUCCAGACACGCUGGCUACAAUGUUUACGCCGCACCUGUUGUGUCCGAGAAAGCUAUCACCAGAAACGUUCCACUCGGACUCCCUCGCCCUGGCUCCACUAGUCAGCUUCAUGAUCCGGCACGCUCUUGCCCUCUUCGCCCCUCCUGCGCGCCUGGUCACCGACAUCGCGGCGUACUUCACCGUGAGGGAACGGAAGAGAUUGGUGUCGCCUCAGUUGCUGGACGAAAGUAUUAGUGACAGGACGGCGGCGAACACAAUCUACACGUUCGUGGACCGCACGAGAACGCGCGUGGAGAACGCCACCAACCCCACCGACACCGCGCUCGCGCAGCUCUACGCGCAUAUACAGGCGUUGCCCGAAUCUCAACACAAGAGGCGGCUAGUCAAGCAAUUCAACCGACAGAAUGGUUACGGAACGCCAAUACAAGUGCAGCGGACGGGCAAGGCGGCAGGUUCUAGAAGUUUCGGCGAUUCCAUCAAGCGGCACAUAUUCAACAAGGGCCUCCUCAAUAAGACGCCCAAGAAGGGAUCCGGUUCUGCCAUCAACACUGUCGAAGAGAAACAUUCGAGCAAACGCUUUGCAAGCGACGACACUAAAACUGACGUCACACAUAAGAAUGUGGUGCUCAAAAACUUAGCCAACAAAAUGGCUAGCACAGAGUCUCUGGACAACGAAGACUUUGAUUCUGACGCGAGCAACGAAAGCACGCUGUCCGAAGGCGCUAUUUCCAACCGAUCUAAGAAAUUGAGUCCUAAGUUCAUUUCCGAACCGAACCUGAGCAUUCUAGACGGAAGAAUGGAUGAAGAGACGCCCAAAAACCCCAAGAAACACGGCUCUAGGUUGUUCCGUUCGAAAAUUCUGUCCGCAUCACAGAAUAUCAAUAAAAGGUACCAAAAGCGCGCGGCUGUUCGAGGGACCCCCACUUCGUGCGUCUCUUGUUUCGACGAGCACGACACUACGUCCGAAAACGAGAUAUCCUGUCCGGAAACACAGAAUAGUCCCAUAGACGUCACUCCGAAGAAGACCAAAAAGUUUAUGAAAAAGGAGGUUGAGGACUCAGAAGAAGAGAUCGAGGUGCCAAUGAGGAUGCAUUACCUGACUAGUACGCCGGGCAUGGCUGAAGCCGCUAUCUUUGAUGAUGAGGUGGCGACGCCGUACACUAUGAAUUUCCGCAGAGCCUCGAUGUCCCCCAUAACUAAGUCCACCCAGAAACUGUCCAAGGCUAUGCAGGAAUCGAUAAUGACGCCGCGCUCCCGUAAGCCGCUCAUCAUCACUUCCGAGCAACGUGACUGCCUCCCGCCGGCCCCCGACCCCCUUGCAGACCCCGGCAUCGACCCCCGCGACCCCGUACCCGACCCCCGCGACCCCGGCCCAGACAUCUACCACUCACUGUCGCCCAAGAACGAUAGCGACUUCGUAUCGUCCGACGACGACAUGGCCUCCCGAUCAUCACAGUUCUCUCUAGACAAAGACAUGAAUGUUUCCAGUACGUCGGCCGUGCGCUCCGAAAACACGCAUUUUGUUAUCAGCCACGAAAGACCCGUGUUGAUUCCGCAAGAUGAUCUGAAUACGACGCUGUGUGGAGACGAUGUGUUAGUGCCGAAGUUCAAAAUAGCGCAUGAAAUGUCUGAACAGAAAGGCGCGCUUUCUGACCCUUUUCGGGAGUAUUUACUGAGCAGGUCGGUGCUGACUGCCACGCCUGUUGAUCUGUCGAUAAUUAACAAAUCAAGCGACGAUACAGGUGAUAAGAUUACCGAUUCUUUGCUUUUCUGUCUUGACGGGAACGUUCCCUCGGAUUUAACGUCUUCUAUAAGCAAUUUGGCAGUAGAGGGAGUGUCGACAAGAUCGCCGUUUAAAAGUAUAGAUAGCUUUGCAAAUAUAGAUGCGCAGAAAAGCCCUAAUAGAAAGCGGACGGCAGCAAAAACAGAUGAAGUGGCAAGCGGCAGCAAAAAACCAAUGGUUGAAAAAGAGAAUUUACAAUGUUGCGAGACUGAACUUUAAUAUUGUAUAUUAUUCGAAUUUUAGUUGCAUAUAAUUAUGCAAGAUGAUUAUGUAUGUACCAAUGUGAUUAUUUUUAAUUGUUUAUUAUUAUUAUUACCUACCUACAAGUGCCUGUCACAAUACUUUAAUAAUUAUGAUUAAUAUAGAAUAGAUAUUAACAAUU